AUGUGCCCGUCUGACAUGGGGCCGCUGUGGCACCAUUGGUCCCCCGUGCUCAUCAGCCUGGCCGCCUUGUUCUCCAAAGUGACCCAGAGCCGGGGCCUCCUGGAGAGCAUCCAGAGGUUCUCACUGCUGCCCACCUACCUGCCUGUGACCUACCGUGUGGACAGCGCCAACAUCUCCUUCUUCCUGAAGGAGGCCAACCAGGACCUCAUGCGCAACUCCAGCCUGCAGUCCCGCGUGGAGUCCUUCCUCAUCUACAAGUCCCAGAGGCUACCAGUGCUCACGGCCAGCUACGGGCCCUUCUCCGUGCAGCGCACGGUGCCCCAGGACCUGCUGCUGCCCUCCAGCCCCUUUGGCCUCACCGACACCUUCUCCCUGAACUGGAAGCUCAAUACAUACGUCCUGCACGAUCGCGUUUUCCCAAGUCAGCCCCGGCUCCAGGUCCUGUUCCACGUGGCGGGCCGGGCCUGGGGCGAGCCCCACGUGGGGGAAUGGCUGCCUUGCCUGCGGCUCUGGGCCUUCCGAGAGACCCGCGAGGUGCGGGGCGGCUGCCGGCUAUCGGGGCCGCUGGGGCUGUGCGUGGCGCGGUUGGAGCUGCCAGCAGACUGGUUUGGGCCCCCCAGCGUGGUGGCAGGCAGGAGGCGGCCCGUGGACCCUGCCGAAGGCAGUCCUGUGGAGCUCUACUACACCGUGGAACCCGCGGAUGGGUCAGGCGGCUGCACCGGGCAGGAGCUGCGGAAAAACAGCGGGCUGCGGUCAGGCCCAGGCGAGGUGGAGGAGUCCGGGCCGCCCCCACACAGGAUCGGGAGCGUCUUUCUCUACCAGACGCCCAGCCGGCCCUCCCUGCGGGAGCUGCGCCUGGACAGCAACGUGGCCAUUCAUUACGUGCCCAGGAGCGUCAGGCAGGGCGACGUGCUCACGUUCCCUGUGUCUGUCUCCAGGAACACCACCCAGGGUGUCUUCACGCUGAGGGCAAAGGUGAAGAAAGGGGUUCGCAUCAUUGGGGUGAGAGCCAGCAGCCCUUCUGUGUGGGACGUCCAGCGGAGUGUGGAGUCCACUGCCAAGUACGCACCAGCUGUCAUCGUUUGUCGGAAGAAGCUGGCUGGCUCAGACAACAGUGCGGACGGCCCCACCUACGAGGUCAUGCAGAUCGACAUUGAGAUCGAGGUGCCCAGCGACCCCCCGACCACGCAGUUCGUCACGUGGCAGGUGGAGUACCCCGGGGAGGUCACUUCAGAUCUGGGGGUGUCCAAGAUCUACGUGAGCCCACGGGAGCUGAGCGGGGUCGUCCCCCUGGCCAUGGAGGCGGAGAUCCUGAACACGGCCAUCCUCACGGGGAAGACGGUGGCGGUGCCGGUGAAGCUGGUGUCAGUGGCAGAGGACGGCGCGGUGGCCGAGCUGCGGGAGUCGGUGGAGUGCAGCUCCUCGCACGAGGAUGUGCUGAAGGUCUCUGACAGAUGUGACCACGUCUUCGUCAACGGCAAGGAGACAAAAGGCAAGGUGGACGUGGCGGUGAACUUCACCUACCAGCACCUGAGUGCCCCGCUGCAUGUGACCGUGUGGGCGCCCCGGCUGCCCCUGCACAUCGAGGUCUCAGACACAGAGCUGAGUCAGAUCAAGGGCUGGAGGGUGCCCAUCGUCUCCAACAAAAGGCCAGCUGGGGACAGCGAGGAAGAGGAAGAUGAGGAGAGAAGGGGCCGGGGCUGCACCCUCCAGUACCAGCACGCCAUGGUGCGGGUCUUGACGCAGUUCGUGGCCGAGGCGGCGGGUCCUGGCGGGCAGGUGGCUCACCUGCUGGGCUCAGACUGGCAAGUGGACAUCACGGAGCUCACCGGCAGCUUCAUGCAGGUGGAGGAGCCCAGGGUGGCCAUGCUGCGGGGAGGACAGAUCCUGGUCGGGCAGGAGCUGGGCAUGACUACCCUCCAGAUCCUGUCGCCUUUGUCAGAUGCCAUCCUGGCUGAGAAGACGGUCACUGUGCUGGACGACAGGGUGACCGUCACAGACCUUGGAGUGCAGCUGGUCACGGGGCUGUCACUGUCCUUGCAGCUCAGCCCGGGGAGCAACAGAGCCAUCUUCGCCACCACGGUGGCCCAGGAGCUACUGCAGAGGCCCAAGCAGGAAGCUGCCAUCAGCUGCUGGGUUCAGUUCAGCGACGGUUCCGUCACCCCCUUGGACAUUUACGAUGGGAAGGACUUCUCCCUGAUGGCCAUGUCCCUGGACGAGAAAGUGGUUUCCAUCCACCAAGACCCCAAGCUCAAGUGGCCGGUCAUCGCGGCCGAGGCGGAAGGCCAGGGUGCCCUGGUGAGGGUGGAGCUCGCCAUCAGCGAGCCAUGCCAGAAGUCCAAACGGAAGAGCGUGCUCGCCACAGGGGCCGCACACAUCACGGUGAAAUUCGGCCAAAAUGACGCCACCCCCAACAGUAGCAACAGCGGGCCCCCAGGGACAGGGGCCCACAUGGAGAGCAGUGUCAGCGACAGGAACCCCGGAAGACACCAGCAGGAAGCGGGGAGGCCAGGAGGGCCGUCCCCUGGCAGCUCGUCCAGGGGGCUCAAGGAAGGCAGGGCUGCCACCACCGAGAGGGCCGCCUUCUGGAAGGAGCGCGGACCGGGGAGCCCCCUGGAUGACAACGGCCCCGGCUGGGCCCUCCCCACUGUUCUCCCAGGCUUCCCAGACCAGGGGGACCUCCCAGGGGACAGCACAGCCAUGGACGAGAGCGAUGCUGCGCACGCCUCCAAGGGCCUGAGCGACCUGGAGAUCGGCAUGUACGCACUGCUGGGCGUCUUCUGCCUCGCCAUCCUCGUCUUCCUCAUCAACUGUGCCACCUUCACCCUCAAGUACCGGCACAAGCAGGUGCCCUUUGAGGAGCAGGAAGGGCUGAGCCACUCGCACGACUGGGUGGGCCUGAGCCAGCGGACCGAGCUGCUGGACAGUCAGGGCCCCCUGGCCUCCUCCCCGGAGGAGCAGGUGACAUGCGUCGACCAGGGCGUGGACCUGGAGGAGAGCAAGUACCUGCUGAGCACAGACCCCCAGAAGGGGGGCCUCAAUGGGCAGCUGCUCCAGCCCGCAGCCCCCAGCCUCAGCCUUGGCCCCGGCAAGGAGCAAGGCGAGCCCCCCACAUCGCCCACCUCCAAGAGGAAACGGGUGACGUUCACCACGUUCACGGCCAUCCCUGUCACAGGUGGCAGCAGCCCUCUGGGGACGCACAGCGAGGACGUCAAGUGGGGCUGCCAGGACCUGGGCCCCGGGCAAGGGCUGCAGUUGCACGGCCACACAGCAGAGUCACGGGAAGGCGUGUGA